AUGCACAGAAACCAUAGUGUUGAAUUUUCACCUCUAAAAGUCGAUGCCUUAGAAUUGCCUGCAGUAUUAAGAAACACUAAUAGAAGACCAUCAAAAUCCGGCUCAGGCAAAUUUUUAUCGAAUAUAUGUACAGAAGAAAUCAAAGAUUUUCUUAAAAAAGAAAAAGAAAAAUCAAAAUCGAAAAAAUAUAUAACUAAAAAUUCACGUGAUAUUUCUUAUAUAAAGGACAAGCUAAGGCCACUCGAUCUACCUGUAAUCCCACCUCUUCCGACUGAUAUUAAUCACUUAAAAAAACUAAUGGAAUCUUCCAACUGAAACGGAGUCCCAAUUUCAUUUUCCCCACAAGGCAAACCUCAGCAUAUAUCAUGUAGAAAAGAAACUUGUGUAGAAUACGCGCUUGAAAAACACCCACGAUCUGGGUGCUUUUCUAGCUUGGAUUUUUAUGAGAUUCAAAACCCACAAACUAUAGAAAAUAUUGAAAGAGGAUAUUUAGGCAACCCAAGCGGCCGACAAGAAAUUGACCAUUUAAGGAAAUGAUUUUUCCAUAUGACUCAUAGUCAUGGCUCCUUUGAAGAUUUAAAUGCAAUUUAUUCAAUGUGCGGAAAAGAGCUAAUAAGACAAAUUUCAGUUCACUGUAUUGAAAGAGGAGAACUGUUAAAAGAACUUUUAAUGAAGUUUCCUGAAUUGUUUAGCCUACAAGAUAAAGAGUGAGAAAGCAAAAUAAAGGCAAAAGAAGAAAAAUUAUUGAAUGAAAUAAAAGAAAUAAAAGAAAAAUAUGAUAAAGAAAUAAAAAAGAGGAACGAAAAAAUCGAAGAAUUGCAAAGCUUGAUUGAGAAAAGUGAAGACAAAACUUUAAAGCUUUCAGUGGAUGCACUUUUGAUGAAAAAGAGAUGAAAAGAAGCUUUGAAAAAACUGAUGCAAGAAAGAGAAGAAUGAAAAAAGAAAACUAGCAGCACUGAAGUCGUUAUUAAACAGCCAAACUUAAAAAAAGUGAUUAAAGAGCCUCAAAGGAUAGAAGUGUCAACGGUUAAUUGAAAAAAUGAAGAAAUCAAGCUAGAGCAAAGCCAAAAUACUAUCCAGUUUACAGAACUGUCUGGAUUUUUGCAUGAAAGUGCAGAAAACAUAAAAGAUGUACUACAAACUCAAGAUGUGCUACAAACUCAAGAUGAAAGCCAAAGGAUUAUUGAUGAAGAAAUUGCUCAAGAAAUUGAUAUAGAAAAUAAUGAACAAUUUCAAGAGGAAAAUAACAGCCAGCCUGAGCUAGAAGGAGAUAACAAAAGUCAGCACGAGAUAGAGGAGGAACCAAAUAAUAAUCAGCAAGAUUUAGAAGGGGUUGAAGACUUUAAUGGGGUAGAAGCUGAAGAAAAAAUCAGUAAUAAAGAUAGUGAUUAUAAAGAAAUAAGUGAAACUGCGUGGGAAAUACAAAAGCAGUUAUCAAUCGAAAUUCUAUGCAAAUCAUUAAAAAUAGCAUUAAUUAUAGAUUAGGGCUCUUCCUCCUUUAACGUCUCACCGAGACGAGUCUUCGUAGAAGACUCGCUCAGCCGCUAGCGAACUCCUUGGGCAUGUCAGCAUUUCCACCAGUUCUCCUCCAGCUUUCGGCCUAGUUCUUAAUGCUGCUCCGGAACUUUGGAGUAUGUAGAUUUGGACUUGACAGCUGCUGCUUGAGUUACUAGAGUUCUACUAACUCCUUCCCUCCGUGAGCGAACAAAACCAUUGGAAAAAUCCUUAUUUUUUGACCAAAAACCCACCUUCCGUGAGCGAACAAAAAUUUUUUACGAAAAAAAUUUUUGAUAUAUAAAUGAUAAUUAUUAUAAUGAAAUCUCUAGCUAACUCAGUUUUAUUUUAAACAGCUUGCAUUUUAAAACAUAAAUUUCGCAAAUUAAAUUAAUUUUUGCUUCUCAAUUUUUACAAAUGGAAUUUUUUUAAAUUUUGAAAAAAAAAUUUUUAAAUAUAAUUUUUUUUAAAAAAAAAAUUCACCCCCCUCCGUGAGCGAGCAAGAUUUUUUGUUCGCUCACGGAGGGGGGGUAAGGAUACACACCCUAACUAAUAUCAGUACCAACUAUGCCUUUGUCAUCGGCACUAGUGGUCUCUAGGGGUAAAAGCCUUUUUCCAAAUGUCCAUCGGGAAGACACAAAUCUUCAUUGCAGUAUGAGAAGGCAAAACCAAGCCGGAGCACAAAUCCCCAGUACCCGUAGACUCCGUUUCCUGCUCGUUUUGGCUUCGGGCUAAAGCAAGGUCCCCAAACUCGAAGCAGGUCUGGGAGAGAACGUGCCGCUGACAUCACCAUUUUAUUUGUGCAAUUCUAUGCAUACCAAAAAAUGAAAAAUCAAUCGAAAAUAACCAGCCUAGUACUACGACUGAAAUAAGUAACGCACAUAUUGGAAUUCAAACUGAUUACGAAGAACCAAAUGAUAUUAUAAACACUUCAAAUACCAGAACUUCGCAAGCACCUCUAUUAAACUUGCCCAUUCAGCAAGACCUUUCCCGUCCAUCUUCAAAAGUUUCCAAAAAAAACUUAAAAAGUCAAGAAACCCAUCAAAAAUCUUCCCAAAAUUCAAAAAAAUUGAAAAAAACUCCAAUCAAAAACCGAGCUGAAGAAUCAAACAGCUUCGAAGGCAAAAUAUUUAUAACCUCAGACAAAAGAGACUCCGAAGAGUUCAAAACAAUCAAAGAAGUUGAUGCCGUAGAAGAAAUCGAAUCACGAGGGACUAAUUCUAACAACUGCUCCCCCACAAAGCAACUUAAAGAUACAGAAAACACACAAAAUAGCUGAAAUCUUACAGAAACAAUUGAAAAUCAACUAACAUCGAGGUCACAAGAAGAAUUAGAUGACCCCAAGCGAACAAAAUACCGUACUAAUAAAAGAAGGAAAACUGCAGUAGUAAAAGAUGAAUCAUCCCCAAUAAAAAUUAAAGGAAAAAGAUCAAGUAAAUUAAAAGGAGCAAGUGCAAGGUCUUCGAACGCCCCUGAUAUUGACAUAGAAAUCCUAAAAAAAUUGCAAAUUUUACAGAAAUUAAAUGAGGAAAUCCAGAAAAAAGAAAAAGAAAUUGAAAGAGAUACGUCAAGCGGCAGAAAUACUCAGGCGGAUUCUAGAAGAAGAGGAAAAUUAAGUGCUCAACGCAGCAAUGAAGAAUUGGUGGUGGAUGACGAUGAAAUUAGUAAAUUAAUCCCUGGAGAUCUUGAUAAGCCUUCAUGAAUUAUAGGCUAUCAUGUAGGCUAUGAAAAAGGAAAAACAGUCGGGUUUAUUGAAGGAGAAAAUUUUGGGUUAGAAGAAGGCCAGCUUGAAGGAUAUUUGCAAGCUAUAAGAGAAAAUAAAAUUUCUUACUCAAAUGCUCCUAGUGAAAAUGUAUAAUUAGUUGAUUAAAUUUCUGAUCGGCUUCCACAAGCUAAAGAUGGAUUUCACGCAGAAACCCAUUUUUGGCUCGUGGGAGCCGAUCAGAAAUUAAGCCAAAAUAUUAUAUCAUCAGAUGAAGAAGUAGAUGAAGAAGAGCUUAAAGAUGAAUAUUAUUCUGAUUCUGAUAGUUCUAAAACUGAUAUUAAACAAGAUAAUUCCCCUUCAAGACGGCAGUCAGGAUUUGCUGCACUUGCUCAAAAAGUUAUAAAGAAAAGAAGAGAACUUACCAAAGUAAUGGAAUUCCAAUUUCAUAAGAGAGCAAUAAACUUAGCUCACUCCCCCCCCCCCCUCCGUGAGCGAACAAAACCAUAGAAAAAUCGCCAUUUUUUGACCAAAAACCCACCCUCCGUGAGUGAACAAAAAUUUUUUUAAUAGAAAAAAUUUUAAUGGAAAAAAAUUUUGAUAUAUAAGUGAUAAUUAGUAUAAUGAAAUCUAGAGCUAAUUCUGUUUAAUUUUAAACAAAUUGCGUUUUAAAACAUAAAUUUUGCAAAUUAAAUUAAUAUUUGCUUCCCAAUUUUUGCAAAUUAGGAUUUUUUUAAAUUUCGAAAAAAAUAUUUUUUAUAAAAUUUAUAUAUAAAUUUUUUUUAAAAAAAAAAAAAUUAACCCCCCUCCGUAAGCGAACAAAAUUUUUUUGUUCGCUCACGGAGGGGGGGGGGAGUCAGAAAAAAACAAAUCCUGCGUUAACUAUAUUAUACAAGUUUAUGGCCAAAAAAAUAGAGUAUAUGAAGAAAAAGUCUACUAUGAGCAGAAAAAUGGUGAAUCGGCUGAUUGCUUCUAUAUAUGAAUCAGCCAUACAAAAAUUAAGAGAUGAUGAAAUUAUUGAAAAUUUAGCUGAGCUGGCUUAUGACCAAUUUUUUUCAAAAUAUGGGAUAAAAGCUCCUAGCUAUAAAAAAUUUAUUGAUUUUAUAGCCUCAUUGAUAUGCACGAAAGAAUCGAGAAGGUCUUAUAUUUUCUUAAAGUUUUUACAGUGCGGUCAUAAAAUUGGUACAACUAAUUACUCAAAACCGAGCCUGUUUCUUUAUCUCAGCUGCUUAGAAUACAUGCUAAACUCUAAACUAGGCAUCAUUUCAGGGUAUCAAGAUACAAGUGAUGUAAAUAUGUUUCCUGCACUGAGAGCGACUGAAUGCCUAAAAGAAAAUUUUGAAUAUAUUGAUAAAUCAGUGUAUACAAGCAUUUUAUCUCGAAUGGAUAAAAUAAUUUCAACUGACCCAAAGAGAAUCAAUGGGGCAGGUCUAAUAGAAUUAGAAACUUUUCUUGAAAUUGUAGUAGAAGAGUACGAAAAUUAUCAAAAGCAAAUCCAUGACGGAAUUUCUCUCAUUUUAAGGGCACUCAAAUGUAAUGUUAGAAAACAACUAUCAAAAUCGCUAUUGUUUAUUGUUAUAAGACAAAUGGUAGGAAAUAAAAUAAAUAUUCCUGCAAAAGAUGAAGAUUUCUCAAUAGAUGAUUUUUCAGUCAAAAAUAGGUUUAGAAGCAUUAUCAGCCUUCUGCAAAGCGAAAGCAUAGAUGUAGAAGAUCUGAAGAUAGCUUCAAUUGAAAGCAAUAUUUUCAAAAUUAAUGAAGUCAAAGAAAAAUAUAGCCUAAAUCAAGAAAUUUCUGUCGAAAAAGCUAAAGAAAUAAUUGAUAAAGAAAAAGAGGAGUUAUUGAUUAUUAUUGAAAAGAUGAAAAAUGCAAGGGAAAAGAAGUGGAAAAGCUUGGAUGUAGAAGAGUGGUCAUGGAGAAUCACAGACUGCGAAUCGGGAGCUGAAACUUCAAAAGAUAUACCUACUUAUAGAGAAUGUAAGCAUUCAUUAUGAUUGCCGUUACCCUAUCUUCAUAUAGUAUAUAGGAAAACAGCUAAACAGUAGGAAUGGUUUUAUUAUUAUAAUAAGAUAUACUCAAACUCUGAUGCUGGCUUGGAAAAUAUAUUGAUUAGAAUUGGAAAGAAUCAAUGAAAAUUAUUUAAGUCAGAUAUAA